GACAGCACUCGGCACGUUGCCGCCGCGCUAGUACAUCCACUGCCGUCGCGGAGUGCGCACGUAGCCGCCGUUAAUGCAACCGCCGCUGCGCUCGCCGUGCGGUCCCGUCCCGCUGAAAUUAUGACUUUUGGACCGUUCGCAGGCGAAGAAGGCAGCGCCAGAUCACUCGUUCCGGAGCGGGUGUUGAGGAUAGUGUCCAGGUACUGGGAGGUCGCCGGCAGUGUGCCCGCCGCCAGGCCCCAGUCCUCGUCUCCACACGAGCUGCUCCUCAUUUCCCCGUUCGGACUCUUAUAAAAACUUAAACCGAAAGUAAUAAACUUUGAAAAAAAUUUUGCGAACAUCAGUCGCUAGUGUUAAGUGCAAUACGUGAACUGUGUUUUGUGUUUAGUUUCUGGGGUUUUUUUUUUUUUUUUAUUUGGAUAAACGCAAAAUGGUGCCCCAGCAAGUUUCUGAAGUGAGGUCUUUGACGCCCACGUCGAGCGGCGUACCGGUGUUCGGUUCGCAACUGGUCGACAAGAAUUCUUCAACACCUUAUACUGAUGCCACUCAGACGAAGAAGAACAACCCUAAUCACAUAAAGAGGCCGAUGAAUGCGUUCAUGGUGUGGUCGCAAAUCGAGCGCAGAAAAAUAUGCGAGCAGACACCUGACAUGCACAACGCCGAGAUCUCGAAGAACCUGGGCCGCCUGUGGAAGACGCUUAACGACGAAGCGCGGCAGCCUUUCAUCGACGAGGCGGAGCGUCUGCGACAGCUGCAUAUGCGCGAGUACCCCGACUACAAGUACCGACCUCGCAAGAAGACCGGAAAGCCUGCGCAACGCACCGGCGCCGUCACCAAGCAGAAGCGCAAGCAGCGCGCCGACUCCAACAACAACCGGGGAAGCGGCCGGCGGCGUCCGAGGCCUGCGCCCGCAGCGCCAGCCGUGCUUAGCGUGCCCGGUCUGCCCGGUCCGCCCGGCCUUCCCGGUCUGCCAGUCGAGACGCCAGCGCCACCGCCGCUACCCGCCUCGCCCGCAUGCGCGCCCGACUCGCCUGAGUCCGCGUGCUUCUACGACGACAGCACUCGGCGCGAGCAAGCCGACCUGACGGACCUGUACUCGAUCACGGACCUGCUGCCGCUGCCGGCGGACUGCGAGGUGGACCUGGACGCGCUCACGACCGACAUGGAAUCGUUCGAGACAGCGUCCUCGUCGUCGGGCUCGCACUUCGAGUUCUCGUGCACGCCCGACGUGUCGGACAUGUUGAGUGAGAUCGGCGUGGCGGGCGAUUGGGUGGACCACACGUUCUCCUCGUACCUGACGUAAUGCCGGCGCGGUGCCGGGCGCGCUGCCGGGCGCGGCCGCCACUCCCCUGAUCUCAUU